AUGGGAGAAUCCACAAUAAAAAGCUCAGUUUCACAAACUGCCAUUAUGAGAGAGAAAUCGAAAGUGAAUCUUAAAGCAUUAUGUGUAUCAAAUCGGAAAAAUAAAUUUUACUAUCCAAAAAGUAUUCCUAAGGAACGAGGUCCAGCAGCUAAUUAUGUCUCAGUUUGCUUGAGUUUCCUAUUUUUUUCAAUUGAUUUCUUCACCAGUGAAUUAACUACCACGAAAAUAAUUUAUUUAUAUACAUCUGGAGUAUUGCUAUCAGUUUUCCUACAACUUCUUCAUCGGCUAAUAUUGAUGAUCGAAGAAUACCACCAUUUAGCAAGUCGCUACGAAAACAGCUUUAUGGUUUUAAUAAAAUAUUCUUUGUACUUUUGGCCGCGCGUUUGGAUGGCAACUUUCCUAUGCUUUAUUUAUUGGACUUUUUAUAUUUGCACUCAUAAUUCAUUGAACAUCAAUGCAAAUUUCUGGAGAUUGGCUCUCUUCCUAACCCCCACUGUUUAUUUCAUUGGGAUCAAUCUCCAUUUGUAUGCAUGCUCUCUGACAGACUCUCUUUGGAUAGAAGAAAAUAAUGGAUUGGACUAUGGGUCUGGAAUGGCAUACUCUUUCUUUCAUGGUUAUUUGAAUUUGGUGCUGAAAAAAACUGGCAUGGAAGACAAAAAUCUGAAAGAGCUAAUGCAAGACUAUGAGGAUAAGAAUAAAGUGAAAUUUGCCAUUUACAAAUUGUUCAUUUUAAUUCCUAAAUCACUAACAUGUUUUGUUAGUUUGAAGAAUGAAUAUUCGCCAUCUAUUGACGAAAGUAGCUCUCUUCCUGAAAAAACGAUAACUGUGGCUGGUGUCCAGAACAGAGUAUACAAAAAUGCUGUGUACAAAAUUAUCGCUGACAAGAAUAGGAAGACUUAUGUAUCUGCAGAAUAUGCUACCCCUUUGAAGACAUUCAAGGAUGUUUUUGAGAAAAAUGGCGAUCAUUCUGAGUUUUAUAAAAAACACAAAAAGGACAUAAUUCUGCAGUUCUAUUUGACAUUGAAAACUGUACUUGAGAGUAAUGGACUAAGCGAGUUUUGUGAACUAAUUUAUUUUGAGGAUUCAUACCAAGAUGAAGAUGGCCAAACUCGAUACUACGAUGUUGGGAAGGUUAUUUUAGCUAGGCUAAAAGAACUGAAGAGGAACCGAGAAAAAAAUUACUGAGUUUUCAGGAUAUUUUCACCUAAUAUGGUUGACAUUUUUUAUUUAG